UCCAACAUAUCCAUGUCCUGUUUGUUGUUCAUAUUGGCUCAGAACAAAGGGGUGAGUAGAUCUAGGUGUAUAUUAUACUUAAUACGGCCGGAUGUAAGCAGUAAGGCCUAAAUCAGUAAUAUAAUAUAAUAGAGCCCUGUUUACACUUAGCAUUUAAAUCGCUUUGAAAGCGCUUCCUGUCAAACCGCUUUGCGUGUAAACGCACUAGAUCGACUUGCAAAUCGCUUGCGCUAAACGACUUCCGGAUGUGGUUUGGAGCCGGUUUCCAAGACGAUUGAGAAAUAAGAGACGCGUGUAAACGCUCAAACCGCUUUGAAGGAAGCAGAUAAAACCACAAUUUCCUGUUGAAUUAUAAUGGCUACAUGGAGUGACCUUGAAGUCAGGGCUCUACUUGCUAUUUGGAGUGACAGCAGGAUUCAGGAGGAGCUAGAUGGUGCUGUGCGUAACAAAUCAGUGUAUGAAAAAAUUGCAAAAAAAUUGCAAAAACAAGGACACACCAGGGAUUGGAAACAGUGCCGUUCUAAAGUUAAAAACCUUAAAACAAGCUACAAAGAAAUCAAAGAUCACAAUAACAAAACUGGCAAUGGAAGGAAACAGUGCAAAUUUUACAAAGAGUUGGACUGCAUUCUUGGGCAUAGGCCAGCUUCCACACCCAUCACUCUCUUAGAUUCAGGAAACUCGGUCACUGAAGCCGCCCUAGACACUGACUCCGACCCUGACCCUGACCCUGAAGAAGCAAACGAUGGAAGUCAGAUUCAGCCAGAUUCACCAGGGCACUCCGGCCAAAAAACUCCUGAGAAUGAAACAACUGAGCCACCCAAAAAAAGGGCAAAAAAAGAAAGCAAGUCGGAGAAGAUGAUGGAAAAAACAGUGAACUUAUUUCUUAAAUAUCAUAAGGACUCGGAAGAGAAGAAUGAUAAAAGAGAAGAAGAAAGGUGGACAAAAGAAAUGGAAUUGGAUGAGAAACGAAGAAAGGCAGACCAGGAGCAUGAAUACAGAAUGAUGCAAUUAGUCAUGCAGCAGCGAGACCCACCACCACAAAACUACCCGUCAUCGUACAACUUUGUCAACGACACUACAUUUUAG